AUGGCUUCCAAGCAACGAUUCUCAGGUUAUCCGAUCGCUAAAGAGGGUCCCAAGGUGGCGUACACGCCGACCGUCGAUAAGAAUCCGGCCUUGAGAGGAUGGGGUUUGAUCAUCGCAGCCAAGCUUAUUAAUUAUUCUCCAACCCUCGCUGGAGCUACUUGGAAAAAUGCGAAGCUCGGCUGCGUCAAGGAUAUUCCAGGGUUAGAAGAAUACGAUUGGCGUCUUCAGCCAAUUGUCACGCCGCUCGUACCUGAUGGUGCUGUUCAAACUAAGGCGGAAAUCACACCAGAUCUUUAUGAACCUCAACCUGAUGAUUUAGCUGGCCGUUUCUACUCCGUCGCGGAUUAUCAUGACCUUUUCAAAUCUGGAAAGCUGACACCACUUCAAGUGGCCAAGGCCUUGCUCCCGUUAAUCACUCGAGGACAGAAUCCCCCAGCUAAAUACGAAUCUGCUUGGACUGUCACUAAAGAGGAUCGCGUACUCGAAGCUGCUAAAAAGUCUACUGAACGGUAUGCUGCCGGUCAACCCUUAGGUGUUCUGGACGGAGUUCCGAUAGGAGUUAAGGAUGAUGUAGACGUUGAGGGGUACAUCGCUCACAUGGGGCUCGCCUUCGACGCAUCCAACCCGUUCUUUAAGCCUGCGACUAAGACAGUAUGGCCUGUAGCCCAAUUGGAAGCUGCUGGCGCGAUCGUCAUUGGCAGACAGGUCAUGCAUGAACUCGGCUCCGACGUCAGCGGCUGUAAUCCCGCAUGGGGAACACCAAUAAAUUGGAACAAUCCAGCGUAUUAUCCUGGUGGCUCGACAUCUGGUGGGGGUUCUGCGCUUUCUGCUGGGCUGGUACCUAUUUCAAUUGGCACAGAUGCGGGAGGAAGUGUUCGCGUCCCGUCGUCGUUUUGCGGCGCGUAUGGGCUUAAGCCUACGCUGCAUCGUGUGUUCACGAUGAAGUCGUCGAUUUGUGUUAUUGGUCCCUUAGCUGCGACCGCUAAUGAUUUGGCUAUUGCGUAUCGUAUUAUGAGCGCGCCCAACCCAGAAGAUCCAAUUCAGGGCUCUUUUGCGCUGUCCGUCCCGCCUAGCCCUACUGCUAAGAAAACAAUUGGCAUACCCCGGGAAUGGUUUGACCAAGCCUCUCCCGCGGUCCUCGACGCUACUCGAAAAGCGGUCUCCUACUUUACAGACAAGCUAGGAUACGAAGUCGUUGAUAUCGAGAUCCCGUACCUACCAGAAGGACAAUAUGGUCAUAGUGCAUGGGCACUGACUGAAGGUGCCGACCACCAGCGAUCCCGCGCCGCGGAUCCGGAUAACCCGUUCGCGGGUCUUAACUACUGCAACCAACUUCUGAUGACGGGUGGCUUUUACACGUCUGGUAUUGAUAUGAUUAAGUACGGACAAUUGCGCGAAUUACACAUGCAGCACCUUGCAUACCUAUGGAAGAAAUACCCCGGCCUACUGAUUGUGACGCCGACGACUCCCGAGGCCGGCUGGAAGAUUCACCCUGGCGACCAGGCGUAUGGGUUCAGUGACGGAAACUUGACCUUCCGCAACAUGAUGUACAUCUGGCUGGCCAACUCGACGGGCUGCCCUGCCGUCACGGCGCCUGUGGGCUAUGCCGAGCCUGAACAGGGCGACGGUAGGCUACCGAUUGGCCUGAUGGCUAUGGGAGAGUGGGGCGCCGAGGAGCAGCUCCUAGGCUGGGCCAAAGAAGCUGAGGCGUACUUGAACGGUGUUUAUGAGGGAGGCCGUUAUCGGCCUAAGGGGUGGGCUGAUGUUGUGAAGAUCGCCAAGGACGUCAAAUAG